GAGAUCAAGUCAGGAUCACUGCAAACAUGGAUAUGAUUGAAGAUUUACAUCGCAAAAUCAAGAAGAUUAAUGAGAGCAUUGAAUUGAGCGUAAUGCCAGGGGAGGAAGGGAGAGUUGUGGAAACAGAAGACAGCAGUGGCUGUGUGAAAGUUAAGGUCAGAGGUUUAUCUGAGAGGUACCACCACGCUGCCUUGACCCUCCUUUCAAAACGAGACGGAGAUGACGAGGAGCUUGAGGAGGAGCCGGAGGUGGAGGAGCAGGAAGAGGAGGAGGAGGAGGAGGAGGUGAAGGAUGAAGAGAAGAAGAUCGACGAAGAAUAUGAGAUCAUCUCAAAUGCUCCAAAGGUUGGUUCCAAAGCGGUUCCGAUUCCAGAGCCUGCCGGUGCAGAUGACAAAGAAGCAGUUCAUAGGGCAAUGGCAAAGCUCAAAGAGAGGCUGAAGGAAGCGACCAUGUCUGGACUCAACCUUAAACUUCAGGAUAUUGUUGCAGAUACAAAAUCGGAUGAGAAGCAGAUGGUCAAAGCUGCUGCGGCGGGAAACAUCGAAGCAGUAAAAGACUUCCUGAAGCAGAAUCCAAAAUUGGCAAACGCCACACACAGGGCACGCUCAGCUCUUCAGGUAGCGUCACACGAGGGCUCCCUACCCAUCGUUCAACUCCUAGUAGAUGCUCAUGCUUCCCUGGAGCAUAAAGAUAGUGAUGGGGAUACCGCCCUUGCCUUUGCAGUUAUUGGUAACAAUCCGUCAGUGGCCGAGUUUUUGUUGGAACGGAAAGCCUACGUCAACACAUCCAAUGGCAAGAGACGAACACCUCUCCAUAUCUGCGCCCACAAAGAACAUCUUUCGUGUGCGGAGGUUCUGGUCAAACACGGCGGCAGUGUUAAUAUGCAGGACAAUGAUGGUUAUCUCCCUAUCCACCUGUCAAUCAAACAGAAAGCCACUAAGAUGUGGCCGCUCUUCGUCAAUCAUCAGUCGGCUGAUCUCAAGCUCAGAACCAACGCUGGAUUUACUCCUGUCCAUUAUGCUGCUAAAAGGAACUGUCUUGAGGUGGUGAAACUGAUGGUUGCUAAGGACCCAUCUCUAGCUCUUAUUGAGAAGGAUGAUGGUUAUACUCCUCUGCAUGUUGCGGCUAUUAACAAUCAUCUUGAAAUUUCACGUGUUCUCAUCAACUUGAACCCUGCAACUAUCGAUGUGGGUGAAGGUCACUCCACGCCACUCCACGUAGCAACCUGGCAGGGUUACUCUGAGCUAGUUGAACUUCUGGUCAACCACGGUGCGGCGAUCAACCUCAGAGACAAAGAUGGCGACACCGUCUUGCAUCUCUCCAUAAGGAGAAGAAAGAGUGGACAGAAAUUUGUCCAAGAUACUCCAGAAUUGCAAAAGGUGUGCAAGGAGGUCAAGGAAACGGCAAUCACCACGCCCAGAGAUGCCCUCAUUGCCUACUUUAUCCAGCAUGGCAGUGAUGUCACCAUAAAAAAUAACAGUGGCCACACCCCUUUUGAGCUGUUGGAUGAGGAACCAUUGCUAUUGAAUGCUUUGAUGAGGGUAGCUGGAAUCAAACCGGACAAGGAUUUACCAGAACCUGAAGAUGAGGCUAAAGUUCACUUUGACGAGAAGGAGGAGAAAAGAGAGGACAAAGGGAAAGAACAGAAAAGGAAAGAGGAGAAAAAGAAGGAAGUGCCGAAGAAGAAGGAUCAUGAGCAGGAAGAGAAAGCCUGUGAAGAGAAACGUCAAAAGACACAGAAGAAGCGAGGGGACAAAGAUUUCGGAGGGGUCCAUAUUAUCAGCCCAGAUGAGCUAAAUUUGGGGAAAACAGUCGGGCAAGGCGGGUUCGGUGAGGUGAAGAAAGCCGUUUGGAGAGGUACUACAGUGGCAGUAAAGAUCAUCUCAUCAGCUGGGAGCAGAGAUGAUGAAGUUGAGAAAGAGGUCUUUGUUCAUAAACGUGCUAGACAUCCGAAUAUUGUAUCCUUAAUGGCCGUUGGCCAUAGAAUUGGACAGGCUUUGAUUGUCAUGGAGUUCAUCGAUGGAAUGGAUCUCAAUGAUGUCAUCUUCAAGAAAAAGAAGGAUGGUAUCACCCUGACCAAAGAGUUGAAGAUGAGCACCACGUUGGGUCUAUUAUCAGCCCUGACCUACCUCCAUGCUUCUAAGAUUCUUCAUCUCGACAUCAAACCAUCGAAUGUCAUGAUGGACCGUUCUUCAAAGCGAGCUUAUCUUUGCGACCUUGGUCUGGCCCACAUUAAGACCAGAAGCUCCAUGUCCCUCUCGACAUCAGUCGGAGGUCCACGCGGGACCAUCAGCUUCAUGGCCCCGGAGAUGAUCCAAAGCCAAGGGAAGGCCUGGGCUGGUCCAGGGAACGACAUCUGGGCCAUCGCCUGCACCUUCCUGGAGCUGUUUGUGGAGCAACGUCUCUGGGAGGGUAUGGAGUUCAUGGCCUUGUUCAGGACACUGAUGAAGUCGGCCACGCCACCUCCGAUUCUCAAGAGAGCUAAAUCGGAUGUACGGACCAUUCUAAAACCAUGCUUCGAAGCUGACCCCUUAAAGAGGCCAUCCGCGUCAGUGCUCCUUGAACAGUUCCAGGGGCUCCAGAAACCCAGCUCAUGAUGUGUGAGCCAUCCAUUGUAGUUGAGGAAGUGGUUUUAACCUUAGGAGCUUUACAUUCUGGCACCACCAAGCCUGUGAUGUGGGAGGCAUCUAUUUC